GAUCAGUGAGCUCGUGAGCGCAGUUGGGUCCGUUGUCCGGGCGGCUGCGCGUGCUGCCGUACCUGGCUGCAGUAUAUAAGGGCAGCCAACGGUCAGAUGCCAGAGCGAACGGUGGAGCCGUUAAAAGCGUAAAUCCGUAGAAACCGGCCCCGUGUCUCCCCCCCCCCCUCCCCUCCUUCACAAACCGGGACACAGAGACAGAGACAGGCUCCGGUGUCCCCCUUUUACAAAACCCCCGGGUGGACGGAGACAGAGAUAUUAGGGGGGUCCAGUGCCGGGAGAGAGACAGCGAGGACCGACCAGCAUGGACCCCCAGAUGAAGGACCGCACCGGCCCGGCUGCGGCGGCGGCGGCGGCGGGGGGAUUCAGCGGUCGUCUUCUGGCCUCCAUGGGAGCCGACGGGGGCGACUCCGAGUCCGGAGCCGGCUCGGAGGAGGCUGCCGUCGGCUGCUGCAGCGACACAGUCAGCAGCCUGCCGGACAUGGAGCAGGAGACCCUGGAGGAGAAAUUAAGAGGACUGGCGUUCAGAAAACAGACCUCGUAUCGGAAGGCGAUCUCCCGCUCGGGCCUUCACUACCUCGGGCCGCCGCAACCUUCGCUUCCUCCAGCGUCCAACGGCCCCAACAAGGAGCUUCGGACUUACGUGGACUGGACGGAGAACGCCGUGAACGGAGAUCACCUGUGGAUGGAGACGAGCUGUUCAGGAGAGCUCUGUUAUCUCGGGGAGGACGCCUGCCUCCUGAAAACCGCCAAGUCGGCCCCCCGGAGGAAAUGUGCAGCCUGUAAGAUCGUUGUUCACACCGGAUGCAUAGAGCAGCUCGAAAAGAUUAACUUUAGAUGUAAGCCGACCUUCAGAGAGGGAGGAUCCCGGUGCCUCAGAGAUAACAUACUGAGACAUCACUGGGUCCACAGGCGGAGACAGGAAGGGAAAUGCAGACAGUGUGGAAAGAGUUUUCAACAGAAGUUCUUCCACAGUAAAGAAAUCAUCGCCAUCAGCUGUUCCUGGUGUAAACAAGCUGUAAUCCACACAGUGACGUGUUUCAUGCUGCACCAGAUCGAGGAGCCGUGUUCCCUCGGGGCCCAUGCCGGAGUCAUCGUACCUCCCUCCUGGAUCAUCAAAGUCAGGAAACCACAGAGCUCGCUGAAGAACUCCGCCAGGAGAAAAAAGCGGACGUCUUUCAAGCGAAGGACAAGCAAGAAGGGACUGGAUGAGUCUAAAUGGCGUCCGUUCAUGUUGAAGCCUCUCCCCUCUCCUCUCAUGAAGCCCAUCUUGGUUUUUGUUAACCCCAAGAGUGGAGGCAACCAGGGUGCCAAGGUGUUACAGAUGUUUAUGUGGAUUUUAAACCCUCGACAAGUGUUUGACCUGUCGCAGGGCGGCCUGCGGGAGGCGUUGGAGUUGUAUCGCAAAGUGCCAAAUCUGAGGAUCCUCGCCUGCGGAGGUGACGGCACGGUGGGGUGGAUCCUGUCGACCCUCGACGAGCUGCAGAUGAACCCCCAGCCUCCGGUCGCUGUGCUUCCUCUGGGAACAGGAAAUGACCUCGCCAGGACGCUCAACUGGGGCGGGGGCUACACCGAUGAACCCGUGUCUAAAGUCUUGUGUCACGUGGAGGACGGUUCUGUGGUGCAGCUGGACAGGUGGAACCUCCUGGUGGAGAAAAGCGCCGUCCAGCCGGAGGAGGGGACGCAGAAGCUUCCUCUGAACGUGUUCAACAACUACUUCAGCCUCGGCUUCGACGCUCACGUCACGCUGGAGUUCCACGAGUCCAGAGAGGCCAACCCAGAAAAGUUUAACAGCCGCUUCCGCAACAAGAUGUUCUAUGCAGGAGCCGCGUUCUCAGAUUUCCUCCAGAGGAGCUCCAGGGAUUUGUCGAAGCACGUCAGAGUGGUGUGCGACGGUACAGACCUGACCCCCAAGAUCCAGGAGCUGAAAUUCCAGUGCAUAGUAUUUCUAAACAUUCCCAGGUACUGCGCCGGCACGAUGCCGUGGGGAAACACGGGCGACCACCGGGACUUCGAGCCUCAGCGCCACGACGACGGCUGCAUCGAGGUCAUCGGCUUCACCAUGGCCUCGCUGGCGGCGCUGCAGGUCGGAGGUCACGGAGAAAGACUUCACCAGUGCAGAGAAGUCGUCCUCACUACCUUCAAGACUGUACCUGUUCAGGUGGACGGCGAGCCGUGUCGACUGGCCCCGUCCACCCUCCGCAUCUCCCUCCGAAACCAGGCCAACAUGGUCCAGAAGAGCAAGAGGCGAACAUCGGUGCCCCUGCUGAACGAUAUUCAGAAGGUGUGUGCAGCCGAUCUGCGCCGCCUCUCUGCUCCCCCCGACUCCUUCUCUGUUCCACACGCCGUCCCCGAUCGCCUGCGUCUUCGAGUGAACCGGAUCAGCCUGCAGGAGUACGACCGGCUGCAGUACGACAAGGAGCGACUCCGAGACAUCUCCAUCCCCGUCGGCAUAGUGGUGGUGAGAGGCGACUGUGACCUGGAAACGUGCAGACUCUACAUCGACAGAUUACAAGAGGAUUUACACCAGGCGCCAUCUACUGGCCACAGAGUGCACUACCAGGACGAGUGCAGAGGCGUCCCCAGGACCAGUUCAACCAGUCGACUGUCUCCCAACUGGAGUUUCCUGGAUUCCACGUCAGCCGACCGCUUCUAUCGCAUCGACAAGGCCCAGGAGCACCUCCACUUUGUGACCGAGAUUUGUCAGGACGAGGUGUUCAUCCUGGACCACGAGGGCCCCGUGGUGAGCCAGGGGGCGUCCGCGGGGAUGCCUGAUCUGGUGGUGGAGCCGACCGGCGGCGCUCCCUUGACGCCGGAGGAACAAGCUCUGCUGACGGCUGCCAGCUCUGGGGAUCUUUCUAUGCUGUCGGAGUGUGUGCGUCGAGGCGUCAGUUUGCUGGUCAGAGACUCCGGAGGUUGUUCGGCGCUACAUAUAGCAGCGCAGAACGGACACACGGAGCUGGUCAGCUACAUACUGCAGCAAGGCUCUAAGGUUCUUCUGGAUUUAACGGACAGAGAAAAUGGCGACACUGCCUUGCACAAAGCUGCCUCGGUGAAGCAACACACUGUGUGUCGGCUGCUGGUCGAGGCCGGGGCGUCGCGAAAUAAAACAAACUUCCAAGGGAAGACGCCGGCGGACCAAGCGGAGGGAGACUCGGAGCUCGCCACCUACCUGAGCUCCCAGCAUCACGCGACGUCGCCCGCCAACGAGGACCUGGAGACGGCCGUCUGAGACAAAGACGCAAACCCCCCCGUCCCCGUCCGUCGUCUCUCCACGUCCGUCCCUCCACGUCCCUCUGGACUCGGACACACUCGUGACUCGGACGAGGAAGGAGUUGUAAAAAAAAAAACGAAAAGACUCAGCAGACGGGAGAGAGAUGAAAAAAACCCAGAGGAACUGAUUUUAACGGUUUAACUAUUUAUUUGUAUUUAUUUAUUCGUAUUCUAUUUAUUGGUCGUGCUGAUCGAGUGGCUGAUCGUAGGAAAAACGGUUCAGGAUGCAAGUGCAAUUUGAAGAAGCCGUCACAGUUCACCUGUCGUUUAUCUUGAAAGGGAUUCAUUUUCUUUUUGUGUGUGUCGGGGGGGAAUAUUUUACUGGUUUUAGUGGUUGAAAGUAAGUAAACAUCGUUAGGAAACAAACAGAAAAGUCUAAUUUAAAGAACCAAACUAGUUUAUCCAAUUAAACCUGUGUGCCAAAGACAUUACGCUGACGUAGUGUCAUAUAACAGAAUUUAAAAGAAUAACAAUUAUGCAACGGUGGCAUCUCUACCAGGAAGCUCAUCUUUUUCUUUAGGAAGUACCGGCUGUAGGUAGCGCCCAGAUAAAUUACUGCUCUGUGUGUGUUUGUGUUGCAUCAUCACAGCUGCUCUGCACAGUCGCUCUAUGACUCAGUCUAAAAGCACGUUUACUUGUUCCUGGACUUUUUUUUUCUUUGGGUGUGGGAAUCCCAUAACGUGCUGAAAGGAAAUUCACUCAGCUGCUACUGCAGCAAAAAUAUUCAGAUUAAAAAUAAGAAAUACUUCAAAUGAAACUGUGAGGACUCCGAGUUUUCCAGGUUAUGGUUAAAUUUUAAAUUACAAUAAAACAAAGGCAACUGGUUGAGACGUUUUAAUUCAUCCUAGAUGAACAUUAUUUGAAGAAGAAAAGUGGCAAAAAUUAUUUGCUCAUGAGACGGAAGAAGAAUUCUAAUUAGCUGAAGAGGUUUUAUGAGGAAACGUGUCGGUGAAAUCAGAGUCUAUACUCACUUGCCACUUUAUUGAUUUAUUGCUUGGCUGCAAUUCAACGCAUUUAUUCACGUAGACGUGAUCAAGACGACUUCCUGAAGUUCAAACAGAGCAUCAGGGCUUCACUUUGGGCCCUUUAGUACAAAAAUCUCUGAGGAAAGUUUCCAACACGUUGUUGAACGUUGUGCGGUCCGACCCUUUGCUAGCAAAGUGUUCCUAAUAAAGUGGCCGGUGAGUGUGAAUAUGUCACCACUUCGUCUUAUUAGCUAAAAACUGAUGGUAUUUUCCCGUGGACACAAGGGGGCGCUCUACUUGGUGUGUCAGCUUCAUUCAGUUUACGUUGAAUCGUAGGCCAGCGUUCAUAAAUACACAGGAUGAGAUGUUACAAUCGACAAAACGCAUUUAGAAGCCAGGUCCAAAUGAAAAACCCAACCAACAGGCUAGCGGUCGGCUAACAAUUAGCAACCGACAACUAACAGCUAACUAGCCUAGCCAUGCGACUACACUUCAACCAACAUUUCCCCCUCCAUGCCAAGACCCCAAACAAAAUAACGAGAUUUACUAAAAGAAACGAACUCACCGCGUCAAAAAACAACAAAAAAUUGGGGGGGAAAAAAAGAGACAUAAAAAUGUAAAUAUAAUUCGUUUCAAUCACCAGAACUUAAGAAACAAUUUAGAGUUGCUGACCUGGAAAUGGUGGAGCUGGAAGGGGGGGCCCCCAGAGACCAGAGACGGCUAAUAUUGGUCCAUGUUAAUGUCAAUAAUGGAACCAUUAUAGAUGCUAAUGGGCCCCGUGCUAAUGGCUGCUUGCUAGUAGCUGCUUGCUAGUAGCUGCUGACAUCCGGUUGGUAAUCAACGACACAACUUGAACCCCCUAAGACGCUGCAACGACUACACAUGAGUUUCCUUAAUUGGGCCCCUACAGUGUCUUGAAGCAGCCCUGGUAGAUUACGCCCUUUUCCCAGGCUAGCUCAAACCUGCUAACUAGCUCCAGGGCUGGGCGGCUUUUCCUCACAGUAAUUAUCCAGCUUUUCUUUAAAAGUCUUUCUAAGAAGACCAGGGACCCACAUCGAUAGACUCUCGUCCUCCUUAGAACAGGAACUUUACAUGUGUUUUAAGUUCUGCAGGUUUAGUUGUGAAGGUCCAGGCAGAUUCCUGUGACUCCAGCGACACUUUGACGGAUAAAACCUCUGAUGCACCUGAGAGACUCGUAAGGAAUCACAUGAAUGAAUAAUUUAAUUAAGAUGUAAGUCAGUGAUUUUGAUUAAAGUUUAGUCCAGCAGCUAAACGCUAAUUAUAUGUGAAAAGACGGUGGUUUCAUGUUGUCGACACCCAAGAAAAGUUGCCUAGAAUAAAAACAAAAGACACCAGUUAUUAUUAUUAAAUUUAAAGAGGCUGAUAUUUAAAACAAACAUUAUGAGACGUUUGUUUGAUAGAAGCUAAAUGUCACAAAAGCUGGUGUUUUAAUUAUUUUUAAUUUUUUUUUUAAGGUGUUUUCUAUUGAAAUCCUUAACGACACCCAGGAAAAAACAAGGAGCAGCAUAAAUGACUCAAACGAACGAAAACUAUUCACAUGAAUUAAAAUUUUUUAUUUUUUUUUCACAAACAGAAAUCAACACAUGCCUUUUCUUCUUUUAUUCCUCGGAAAGAUGCUUGAACUGUGAACAUUUUUUCUCGCUUUUAGCUGAACAAAAUAAGAAUUUCCCGACACUUUAAAGACCAAAUUAUUGAUCUAGACAAAAAUAAAUAAAUAAAAAUAAAAACUUCCUGGAAGUAGAAACACCAACGUUGCUGGUUCUCGUCAUAAAUAGAUGAAACACGUCUUCUUGAAGCGUCAUAUCACAGAGCCUGUUAUUCAGUAUUUGAACCAGGGAGGAGGUGGGGGAGGGAGGGAGGGAGGGGGGGGGGGAGUUUAAUGCAUAAUCAGUUACCUGUUAGUAAAUAUAUAUAUAUACACACACACACACAUAUAUAUAUAUAUAUAUAUGAACUCUUCACAGCAGGAUAGUGUGUAUCUGGUACUCCUGACCCAACAUGGCUUUUUACAUGCAGAGUGUGUGUGUGUGUGUGUGUGUGUGUGACUCAUUCCAUAUCAGAUGUAAGUCAACACAAUGAGAGCGUGUGUUAUGUUGCUGUAGCGUGUGUGUGUGUGUGUGUGUGUGUGUGCAUUAAUCCAAGAAAAAGAAGAAGAAGAAGAAGAAGAAUCUGAGCCAUAUUCAAUGCAAUAUGAAUAGAAAACGUCUUUUUCUUUUUUUUAAUCGUUUACAUUACAUUAAUGUCCUGGACGGAGAAUUGAAUGUGCAAUUUUACUUCAGUGCUGGUUGAGUAAAUGAUUGUGAUUUAAUGUUUGUUUGUUUUUUUCUUUUGAGUGCAUGAGGUCUUUUUUUAUAUAUAAAAAUCUAUAUAAAUAUAUAUAUAUAUAACCUAUUGUGAAGUAUAUACGCAGUAGGUAACGCUCUCCAAAGUAUUUUAAAGUCUGCAGACAUGAUUCACGUCUCUUUCUUUUUAUUCAUGAUGUUUCUUUUAACUGGGGAGUUUUUAUUGUAAGAAAAUCACCUUUCAUGGUUUAAUUAAAAAGAUUAAUUCAAGCUGUUUAAUUAUUUUAUUUAUUUUUAUUAUUUUUAAAGACAAAAUUGGCGACUGUGAUUAACGAGCUUCAUUUUGUGGGUUAAAUAACGGUCGAACACAUUCCCUGACAAUUAAAAAACAAAAAAUCCUGAACUGUUUGUGAAUGGUGACGACUAAUAAGCUAAAUCUGAACGACACACACACACACACACACACGUGCUUCUUAUCACUGUUUCUAGCGGGUGGGAUGUUAAUCGGUGUCUCUCUUCGCGUUGGGUCGUGCAUGGCAUCUUCUCACCUCCUUGGGAUCGUUUUCUGGUAUUGGCAUAAAGUUAAAAAAAAAAAAAUGGCAUUAUUGUUGUUUAAGCUAUUAAAUUAUUAUAGUUUAAAAAAAAAAUGAUUUAUACCCGAGUUUCUUCUGAGGUUGGUCAUGUGUUGGGUGUUUCUUUUUUGUAUUUUAUUUUUCUGAUGAUGAAGACGAUGAUGGAAUUACUUGAAGCUUGUUUAAUCCAUUUCGGUAAAAGAAAGAUGUGGCGUCGUAAA